GAGAGGCGACCCCUCGCGCGGCUGCACGUAUGCACAUUUGACGCCCUCGAACGGCCACGUCGACGCUUCACAUUUCGACGUUUUUUUCCGCAUAUUCCGCGUUAAUUUCGAUUCAUAAGACAGGAAGAGAGGAACGCAAGAAACGGAUUAAUCGAGGGGAAAAAGGCUUGAGACGUAACCGCGAUCACGACGAAACUCCGCGCUGCUUAUUUUCUUCUCGUUCCGCACCACGCGUGCAUGCCGUAAGCGUAAAAUGUCGGUGAUCGAUUGAGAGAGAGAGAGAGAGAGAGAGAGAGAGAGAGAAAGAGCAGGGCACUUGUGUGCCGCAAAAUCGAAGCGUUCAUCGUGCAAGAAAAAUGACGGAAGAAAAACGAGAGCCUUUCGGAUAUCAUCAACUGGCGUUUAGCAGUCUCGGCGUCAAGAAUCCGAGGUGAUCGAGACUCAAAGGUGCACUCGAGCCUGUAGAAGACGUCGAAAAUUUGAUCGAUACGUUCGCCGCAGGUCUCAAUUGAAUCGGAACAAUGGAGGAUACACAAAGGUACGAGGAGCCGGUGAUCUACAAACGACCGUCGACGUACAGCUUUCGGAGGUUCUCAGACAUGGUGCCUGCACGAGUUGUGCUAUACAUUCUCUCGUUCUCCGGAUUCCUCGUUUCGUUCAUGAUGCGAACUGACAUAAAUCUGGCAAUGGUAGCGAUGGCGAAAUUUCAAGCACCGUCAGACAACGAUUCGCAAGUCGCCACGUCGACACAUUGUUAUGCAAACUCGUCCAUUAGUCUGGACAAUUCGACAAUCCUACUGGAAGAGGAAAUGGGUGAAUUCGAUUGGAGUCCAAAAGUUCAAUCAGCCAUUCUUGGCUCGUUCUACUGGUGUUACAUACUUUCUCAAGUCGUUGGUGGUGUACUCACACAAUAUUUUGGAACGAAAACUGUAUUUGGAGGCUCACAGUUGCUCACCGCAAUAUGCAGCCUCCUUAUGCCCAGCGCAGCUGAACUUCACUAUGGUGCGAUGAUCGCUCUUCGAAGUAUUCAAGGAAUAGCAAGUGGUUUAACCUGGCCAGCAAUGUACGCGAUAGUGGGCCAUUGGAUUCCACCUGUCGAACGCUCGAGAUUUAUGUCUUCCUUCCAAGGGUUCAGUUUCGGCAUCGGGAUAACCUACUUCCUGAGUGGAUUUAUCAUCGCUCACUUUGGCUGGCGCUAUGUCUUCUACACCACUGGAACUAUCGGCGUCGUUUGGUGUCUUUUUUGGUAUCUCCUCGCCUUCGAUACGCCGGCAUCCCAUCCAAGGAUAUUGCAGCAGGAACUUCGCUUCAUUCAAGGAAGCGUCAUUAAUCAGGUCGUCGGUAAUGAGGCCAUGCCCGUGCCGUGGAGAUCGAUAUUGACCUCGUGGCCAGCAUGGGCGAUCGGUAUAACGACAUUCGGCCGGAUAUGGGUUCACUAUGUCUUCAUCAUUCCUGGUCCCACGUACAUGAAAACCGUGCUUGGGUUCAGCAUUCAAACUAACGGUCUCCUCUCAGGGGCGCCAUUCAUCUGUAGCUACUUGAGUUCCGUUGUUUUCUGCUACAUCGCUGACGUUCUCGUAACCCGAAGAAUCAUGACACUGACAAACGUCCGGAAGCUGUUCACCGCCCUGUCUCAAGUCGUACCGGGCAUUCUCGUUUUACUGAUCGGUUAUUUAGGAUGCAGCAUGGUACUGGCGCUGAUCGUUUGGUUCAUAGCUGUCACGCUCAUAACAGCUGCUUAUGCGGGUGCGAUGGCCAACAUCGUUGACAUCGCUCCAAACUUUGCCGGACCUGUGCUGGCAUUUGCUCAGACAAUCCACAUGACGGCGAGCUUCUUAUCGCCCAUUGCAGCCGGUUUCAUCACUCAACACAGCCAAACGCUGGACGCUUGGAGAACGGUCUUCGGACUAACGGCUUGUAUAGCAUGUGGAACAUACGUCGUGUAUCAAAUAUUCGGUACGGCGGACAUUCAGGAAUGGAAUUAUCCAGAUCGAAAGUAUCCGCAGUCGACGAUUGACGAGGAUUCGACACCGUUGAACGAAGCGUCUCAAAAGAAUGGCAAAAUCGUGCCGAGGAAAAUGAGCCAAUCUGAACAAGCGUAACAUUACGAUUGAGCACUAAGAUUAGCAGUCGUUUGUGAUGGGUAUUAUGCGUGUAUUCGUACAUUACCUUCAGCGCAUGUAUAAAGUACUAGAUAUAUUCGUAAUUCUCAUAGGCUCUCCUACGACAGGAAGAUUCCAUAGUUGAAAGGAAAAUUUAAAAAGAAAGAAUACAAAAAAGUAACGUUACGUUAAGAUCUGAAACUAGACUUCAGGGCUCAUCGCAUAGUUUAUUGUUAAAAAAAAGAGUAUUUUUGUGAAUAACGAACACCUCAGGAAAGAGCACCUCGCAGUAAUCCUCACGAGGCACCCUUUUGACGAAGCAAGAAAAAUUUGAAAUUAUUUAUAAAGUGGUUAACAAUGAGAAAGAGAGAGAGAGAGAGAGAGAGAAAGGGAGAGAGAAAUAGUGCAUAACGCUAAUAAAAAUUGUGAAUAACGAACACCUCAGGAAAGAGCACCUCGCAAUAAUCCUCACGAGGCACCCUUUCGACGAAGCAAGAAAAAUGUGAAAUUAUUUAUAAAGUGGUUAACGAUGAGAAAGAGAGCGAAAGGGAGAGAGAAAUAGUGCACAAGUACUCGAUGAGCGAGACGUCCCGAAUUUACUUAUCUGCUAUUUUCUGUGAUCGAAUAUUACGUUCAGCAUACGCGAGCGAAGUCUCACAGAAACUGUUUUUUUUUUUUUUUUUUUUUUUUUUUUCGUAAACACGUCUCAAAAUGUUCGUUGUUAAAAUUUCUAUUAUUUCGUUCAUAAAAAUAAUGCGCUUUCCAUUUGUACAUUAUUUUUCAUCUGUAAAGCAUAUUACAAUGUAAGUUACAUAUUAGGGUGAUUGAAAAAAAAAAAAAUGUUUCCUCAAAGUCGCAAGUGAUUAUGCUAAUACAUAAUGUAAAAGUAAUUCUCGCAGAUUUUAAGCGAUCUAAAAAAGUUUUUAGAAGUGGGGCCAAGGACGUUAAAUUUUUUUUUUCUUUUCUUAGUGCCGCCAGUGGAAUUUAUAUAUUUUUUUCAUUCCGCUGGUGGUACCUCUAAAAAAUUUUUCAGGUGAUUUAAAUUUUGAGAAAGUAAUGUUUUUAUCAUGUGCUAACGUAUCAACCUGCGAAACAAAGCUAAUCAUUUUUUUAUUUCGAGACGUUUACGAAAAAUCGCAAAACAGCCUUUAGAAAAACUAUUGGGACGCCCUUUAAAUGUUGUUCCUUCAAGCUCAAAUUUUGAGAGAAUCAACUCUUGAUCGAGUGUUAACUUUUGUCGUUGCAAUAUCGAACAAUCAAUCUGUUUUAUCGCGUUUUUCACUAAGAAAGGAAAAAAAAAUUCAACGUCGUUGGCGCCGCCUCUAGAAAUUUUCCUAAUAUAGCCCAAUUUUUUGUUAAUACUUUUUCAUUAUGUAUUAACAAAACCACUUGCAACUUUGGGGAAGAAAAAAUAUUUUGUUUUUUUUUUUUUUUCAUCACCCUAUUACAUAUAUAUUUUAACGAUGAUGACAUUCGUGAGAUUCGAACACAUUUUUUUGUUCAAACUACACAAAUAUUUCUGUGAGAAUUAUUCAACUCUGAGUUCGUUUGUGUACACAAACACGAGCAUCGUCGAUAGUUUUUCCAUUGAAAAUUUCGGGUUCCCGUAAUAUUCCAAUUUAGAUAAUCACGAAGGAGGUAAAAGGAACGACAUACGAGGCAAUGUUGCAAGAAAAAAAAAACAAAAAGAAAAGUAUGUUCAUUCAUUCGUUUUAAUGGCAAUGCUGUUUUCCCAUCAUUCUUUUUAAGGAACUAGUUCGAGUUCGAAAGGUCUUUACGUAUCCAAGGGAACAUUAAUUUUUCGUUCCUUACCAAUAGGCAGUAUAGUAAUUGUAUUCUCGUCAGUGCCUUGCCAUAGAUCUCAAAUUAGAAUGAAUCGAUUUUUAACGAAUUGGAGAAAGACUAAAACACCUCGAUUCGUAUUUCUUCUCAUUAUCUUCUUUUCGUAUUUGCCAACAGGAUCGAGUAGUUAUUUCAAGUAACUUAAGUCGAGAUGAAAAUGGAAGAAAAAAAUCAACGCGAAUAGUCCUAAAACACCUAAAUCAACAGUUGAUUUUUUAAAAUGAAAUCCUAAUCUUAAAACUAGACAAAAAUUAAUAGGAUCGAUAGACGAGACGAGUGAAAUGAAUAAUUUACUUUCCACCAGAGAAGUUUUCCGGCUUCGAAAAAAAUAAAACCACCACGUAUCGUUACAUUCACAGAGUAGGUGUGUUGAAAAAAGUGGGGAGGGGGAUAUCACAAUUCCUUUUGGUUAGUUACGCAAGAUUAAUGUCCUGCGAGUAUUGUAAUUUUAAAUAUUUUUAUACUUACUUCGGUACUAGUUAGUAUCAUUACGUAAAACAAAAACAAGCAAAUAAAAAUGCAUCUCUCCUUUCGUUUAAGUAUGAACAAAACAAAAUAUAGAAAAACUUAUAACACUUGAAGAAUGGUGAACGUUUUCGUCAUACGAAAAUCCUUCGAUCGUCAGUGGGAAUGAGAUUACAAUGUGCUCAAAACUUCGAAUCGCUGCUCAGAUGAUAAAUUUGGUCGUUACAUGUUGAAAAUGCUGGCAUUUUGAAAACAUCGUUUUUUUUUAUCUAUAAAAAUAUAUUUGAUUGGAGAUACGAGAAAGAUGAAAAAAAAAAUUCUUUCCCAAUGACUGAUCGACGGGUCGAACUGACGUUCGCAUGAGCCAGGCAUGUGUAAAACAAACAUUCGCAAUGCCACUGACUCCGAAUUGGUCGAGCUGGAUGAUCUAAAGUUGGUUAAUGGAAAAUAAAACGAGACAAAAAGUUUCCGAAUUUCUGAUAACCGUUGACGUCUGCGUCGAGUAUACUUAAGAUUCAUGUACUAAAUGAUAAUACCGAUAAUAUUUUGCAAUAUCGAUAUAAUCAGUUGAGAUAUAAUGUCGUGCAAGUUUCACGAUUCAAGACUCGACACAUCUCCACGCAUAUGGUUCAACAUCUCCGAUCGUGCGAUACACAAAAUAAUGUACUUUAAGGGUGUACUUAUGUUCUCAUAUAAAUAUAAAUGCAGCGUGUAUAAAUAAGUCUGUAAAACUGCUCGAAAGUGAGCUAUCAAUACACGAAUAUAAUUUUCUUA